CUUACUAAUCAUAAAUCAGAAACUUACAUCUUAAUUGAUGCUGUCUCUGCAGGUGAAUGGUGUUGCUCAACUGCAUAGUGAUAUCUUAAAGGCAGAAUUAUUUGCUGAUUAUGUUUCUAUCUGGCCUACUAAAUUUCAGAACAAGACGAACGGUAUAACUCCUCGUCGAUGGAUCAGGUUUUGCAAUCCUGAGCUCAGUCAUAUAAUCACCAAAUGGUUGAAGACAGAUCAAUGGGUGACUAACCUGGACCUACUUGUAAAUCUUCGGCAAUUUGCUGACAAUCCAGACUUGCAUGCUGAGUGGGAAUCUGCUAAGUUGGCCAGCAAAAGGCGGUUAGCGCAAUAUGUACUGCAUGUGACUGGUGAGAGCAUUGACCCAAACAGUCUCUUUGAUAUACAAGUCAAACGCAUCCAUGAAUACAAGAGGCAGCUGCUAAAUAUUUUGGGAGCAAUCUAUAGGUACAAGAAACUGAAGGAGAUGAGCCCCGAGCAACGCAAAAAUACAACACCACGCACCAUCAUGAUUGGAGGAAAAGCCUUUGCAACAUACACUAAUGCUAAAAGAAUAGUUAAGCUUGUAAAUGAUGUUGGUGCUGUUGUCAACACUGAUCCGGAGGUUAAUAAUUUUUUAAAGGUAGUUUUUGUUCCCAAUUAUAAUGUAUCUGUAGCAGAGGUGCUUAUUCCCGGAAGUGAGUUGUCACAGCACAUCAGUACAGCAGGCAUGGAAGCAAGUGGCACAAGCAAUAUGAAAUUUGCACUCAAUGGAUGCCUCAUUAUAGGAACACUUGAUGGGGCUAAUGUGGAAAUCAGAGAAGAGAUUGGAGAGGAGAAUUUCUUUCUUUUUGGUGCCACUGCAGAUGAAGUUCCUCGCCUUCGUAAAGAAAGAGAUAAAGGAACGGUAAAAUCUUUCUAUGUUCUGUAAACUUAAGCUUAUUUAGAAUGUAGCCAUGGUAAAUGACAAUGAUUUUUGGGUUUACGGUUCA